AUGUCUAUACCCAGCAAACAUGUAGUGUUCGAUAUUGUCGGCACCUGCGUCUCCUAUGAUGCCAUAUUCGAUGCUCUGGACCACUGCUUAGGUGACAAGAUGCGUGCCGAAGGCAUCAAGCCACGACUAUUCGGCUACCUCUGGAUUGAAGUCACCGAAAGAGAGUACACUUAUCUCAGCAUGAAUGGUCGCUACAUCGCUUUCCGAGACGUCUUCAGCAGCCUGUUUUACCGCAUGCUAUACAUGUCCGGCAUCGAGGAACCUCAGACUUUCGCAAGCGACAAGGAUUUACAAUACAUCCUAGAGCAGUACAAGAAGCUUGAAGCGCGACCCGGUGUGGCGGAGUGCUUCCAAAUGCUUCGGGAUGCUGGCUUUACAGUCUGGGCGUUGACGGCAGGGGACGUUGAGCGUGUUGGAGGAUACUUCACGCACAACGGUAUCCAUAUGCCCAAGGAGAACUUCAUUUCAUGCGACACGGCGAAGAUUGGUAAGCCGGAUCCAAAAGUGUAUCAAAUGAUGAUGGAGAAGCUGGGCAGUGAUGAGAAAUGGUUUGCAGCUGCGCAUAACUGGGAUGUUGCGGCUGCGAAGAUUCACGGAUUCAAGGCUGCAUAUUGCACGAUAUGGGAGAAGAUACGCUGCGAUGAUCUCUUUGGCGAAAUGGAUGUCACCGCGGAUUCCUUUCAAGAGAUGGCUCGUGGUAUCAUAGCUGCAUCUGUCCUUUUCUAUCGGGCGCGAAUCGGUUCACACAGCACAUAUCAACAUCUCAACAUGACAGUCGACCGCACACCGGUCGCGCAACCCGUACACUCAUUCUGGACUUCUGAAUCCAACCCUCUUGAUGAACUACGGAGUACGGAUGGUCUUCCAACCGAGGCAGACAUCGUAAUCAUCGGUGCGGGAUUUGCCGGAGUUGGGACAGCUUAUAACAUUAUCACAGCCUCCUCGUCUCCAAAGCCAUCCGUCCUCAUUCUCGAUGCCCGCAAGAUUUGUUCUGGUGCCACUGGUCGCAAUGGCGGGCACGUGAAGCCGGAUCUUUACUUCAAUGUCUCGAAAUAUGUAUCAAUGUACGGCGCAAGCGCUGCAGCGGAGGUUGCAAAUUUUGAAGCAGCAAACGUGUACGCAAUGAAAGAGCUUGUUGAGGGCGAGAAGUUGGAUUGCGACUUCCAUCUUACAAGAGCAAUCGAUGUGUAUCUGGAUGCUGAUCACGCAAGGCAAACGGAAGAGGCGUGGGAUAAGCUGAGAAAAGAUAAGGUUGUCGAGCUGAGAGACGUUGCUUGUAUUCCCAAGGAAGAUGCUGAGAGGGUUUCGGGAGUCAAGGGCGCUCAACUGGCUUUCAGCUUUACCGCGGCGCACUUGUGGCCGCGAAAGAUGGUGCAUCAACUGCUAGCGAAGCUACUCAGGCAAGACCAUAAGCUCAACGUCCAAGCGAAUACACCAGUAAUCUCUGUAUCCGAAGUCAUAGAUGAGACAGGAAAAUGGACAAUUGAGACACCGCGUGGUACAAUCAAAGCCAGAAAUGUCAUUCAUGCUACCAACGGCUACACAAGUCAAGUCCUGCCUGAAUACACACGAAGCAUCACUCCGAUCCGUGGCGUUUGCAGCCACAUCGAUAGCCCAUCGAAGCAGAAAACACCGCAUCUUAACAACACAUACGCACUUCGUUUCGACGGCCGAAAUUACGACUAUCUCAUUCCUCGGGCAGACGGAAGCAUCAUCGUCGGAGGCGCGAGGCAGCGAUUCUGGCACAAGCCCGAGCGUUGGUUCAACAACGUGCGCGACGAUGAGCUAGUUGAUGAAGCAUCGUCUUAUUUCGAUGGAUACAUGCAGCGUCACUUUCGCGGGUGGGAGGAAACGCACGCGGAAACAAAGAAGGUGUGGACCGGAAUCAUGGGUUACAGUGCAGACUUCAUGCCACAUGUUGGUCCAGUUCCGGAUAAACCUGGACAGUUCAUCAUCGCGGGGUUCAAUGGCCAUGGAAUGCCGCAGAUAUUGCUGUCGAGUAAGGGUCUGGCUGCUAUGGUGCGGGAUGGAGUGCCGUUCGAGAAGACAGGGUUACCGCGACUGUUCGAGACGACGAAAGGGAGGAUUGAGAGGCGUGAUAGUCCCCUUGAAGACUCGUUCCGUCCGUUGUGGGAAGAGCAUGACAAGUCGAAGCUAUGA